AUGCCUUUCGGCUUGGAGGCUCCGGGAGGGGCUGGGCAGCUCUCUGACAAGAUCUGCUUUCCCGGUGUCUGCAGGAACACGCUCGCUCUGUGGGGGGAACAAUCGCAACAGAUGCAACAGCUGAGGGAUGAGGUGGCACGCCUGGCUGCAGAGAUCGGCACUAUGAAGAAGGAAGUUCAGCAAAUGAGAGAGGCAGUGUCUGCAACCACACAGAUGUCUGAUUGGGCUCUGAAAAGUGCAGGGGCUGCCAUCGACCUGCACAGAUCAUCCAGCAGCUCUGCAUGGCUCUGCAGGGUGUUUUGGUUCCUGUGUGCUCCACACGUUCUGGAUACCUUUGUGCAGCCGGAUGCUUCCCCGGGAUAUUGCUGGCCUUUCCAAGGGUCUCGGAGUGAGGUGCUAAUCCGGUUGCCUGCACAAGUACGACCAACGGCCGUCACCAUACAGCACACCUCCAAGAUAGCCUCUCCGCUGGGGACUGUCAGUAGCGCCCCCCGAGAUUUCACGGUCUCUGGACUGGAUGAGGAAGGCGAGGAUGAAACUCUGCUGGGGACAUUCACCUACGCCGUGCACAAAGAGCCCACCCAGACCUUCCCUCUGCAGAAUGGGAACCCCAGAGCCUUUCGGUUUUUGAAACUUGGCAUACAGAGCAACUGGGGAAAACCAGGAUACACCUGCAUUUAUCGCGUGCAGGUGCAUGGGAAGAUCGUGGGAUCGAGUGCCAUCGGCCAGACACGUGUGGAGACCCUCCCUCACUAA